AUGGAAGACUCAAUAACUAAUUCAAAGAGACGAAAGUACUCUAAAAGUGUCUCUGUAGAUACUACACAUACUAGUUCAUCUAGUUCUAAUUUAGAACAGCCUUGGUCUAAAAAAUUUAUAAAACAAGCUGAAAAGGGUAGUUUUAAUAGUAAAAAAAAUUACUCAUAUAAAGAAAAAUUAAGCAUCUUGAAAAAAUUAGAUUUGGUUCCGGAAAAUACAGUUAUCGAUGAAUAUAAAAUAAGUGAUCGUACUUUGCGCAGAUGGAAAAAAGAAAGAGUUAAAAUUGAAGAGAUGUGUAACAAAGAAAAUACUCAAGAACGCAAAAAAAUUAAAUUAUCAAAUGAAGCCUUAGAUGAAGCAGUUUACUUGUGGUUUUGUCAGUGUCGAUCAAACGGCGUACCUGUUUCUGGUCCGAUGAUUAAACAAAAAGCAUUGGAUUUGAAUAAACAAUUAGGUGGCGAUGAAUCAUUCAAAGCGAGUGAAGGUUGGCUUGAUAAACCCGUGAAAAAAAUAUUCUGA